AGGAGGCGGGAUAAAAAUGAGAGGCAGAAGGUAGGUUGGCAGAUAGAUUCAUUAGCUUACUCCUUUUUGCCCGUGGACGCCGCCGAGGAAACAUCGUUGAUUUGUUUCUUCCCACUGCCGUCAUGUCUAAGUCAGAGUCUCCUAAAGAGCCUGAACAGCUGCGGAAGCUUUUCAUCGGGGGGCUAAGCUUUGAAACAACCGAUGAAAGUCUGAGGAGCCAUUUUGAGCAAUGGGGAACGCUCACGGACUGUGUGGUAAUGAGAGAUCCAAACACCAAACGCUCCAGAGGCUUUGGGUUUGUCACGUACUCUACGGUGGAGGAAGUGGAUGCAGCCAUGAAUGCAAGGCCACAUAAGGUGGAUGGAAGAGUUGUGGAACCAAAGAGGGCUGUCUCAAGAGAAGACUCUCAAAGACCAGGUGCCCACUUAACUGUGAAAAAGAUCUUUGUUGGUGGCAUUAAAGAAGACACUGAAGAACAUCACCUAAGAGAUUAUUUUGAGCAGUAUGGGAAGAUUGAAGUAAUUGAAAUCAUGACUGACCGAGGCAGUGGCAAGAAGAGAGGCUUUGCUUUUGUAACCUUUGACGACCAUGACUCUGUGGAUAAGAUUGUCAUUCAGAAGUACCAUACUGUGAAUGGCCACAACUGUGAAGUAAGAAAAGCCCUGUCUAAACAGGAGAUGGCCAGUGCUUCAUCCAGCCAAAGAGGUCGAAGUGGUUCUGGAAACUUUGGUGGUGGUCGCGGAGGUGGUUUUGGUGGGAAUGACAACUUUGGUCGAGGAGGAAACUUCAGUGGUCGUGGUGGCUUUGGUGGCAGCCGAGGUGGUGGUGGAUAUGGUGGCAGUGGGGAUGGCUAUAAUGGAUUUGGUAAUGAUGGAAGCAAUUUUGGAGGUGGCGGAAGCUACAAUGAUUUUGGCAGUUACAACAAUCAGUCUUCAAAUUUUGGACCCAUGAAGGGAGGAAACUUUGGAGGCAGAAGCUCUGGCCCUUAUGGUGGUGGAGGCCAAUACUUUGCCAAACCACGAAACCAAGGUGGCUAUGGCGGUUCCAGCAGCAGCAGUAGUUAUGGCAGUGGCAGAAGGUUUUAAUUAUCACCGGGAAACAAAGCUUAGCAGGAGAGGAGAGCCAGAGAAGUGACAGGGAAGCUACAGGUUACAACAGAUUUGUGAACUCAGCCAAGCACAGUGGUGGCAGGGCCUAGCUGCUACAAAGAAGACAUGUUUUAGACAAUACUCAUGUGUAUGGGCAAAAAAAAACACGAGGACUGUAUUUGUGACUAAUUGUAUAACAGGUUAUUUUAGUUUCUGUUCUGUGGAAAGUGUAAAGCAUUCCAACAAAGGGUUUUAAUGUAGAUUUUUUUUUUUUUUUUUUUUUUUUUUUUGCACCCAUGCUGUUGAUUGCUAAAUGUAAUAGUCUGAUCAUGACGCUGAAUAAAUGUGUCUUUUUUUAAAUGUGCUGUGUAAAGUUAGUCUACUCUGAAGCCAUCUUGAUAAACUGCCCCAACAGUGUUAGAUUUCCUUCAGGGUGAUGCCAGGUUCCAUUCAAAAUUCGUUUACAAUCUUAGAAGACCAAUUUGUGGGCAGAGAAGCCUUUCGUUUUCAGAAACCUUGGUGUAGUUGAACUGACAGUUAACUGUGUUUUGACCUGAAGUUUAUCAGUUAAAAGGGUCACCCAAGCAAACUUACAGAAUUUCAUUUGGUUAUAAAAAUGAUUGUUGGCACAUCCUAUGCAGUAUAUCUAAAUUGAAUAAUGGUACUAGAUGAAGUUAUAGAUGGGAAAUGAAGCUUUUGUAUCAUCCAUUAUCAUGUGUAAUCAAUAAACAAUUUGAUAUCCUCUUGAA